CUUAACUUGUUUUUUCUUGUUGUUUUGCUUAUGUUGAGAAAUUCUUUGGUCAAACACGGUGUGAUUUCAAAGUUUGCCUUCAAGAGCCGAAUAUUUUAAACUAAAAAAUCAUGUCCGACAUCGAGGAUGAAAUCAGCAGCUGGGGCUAUGCAAUAUCCCCUGCACAGUAUGAGCGAUCCCUUCAAUCGAGCUCUAGUAGGACACAACCGGCGGCAGUUGGUGGCCGUGGCCGGGGCAUAUUGAACCCAAAUCACAUGGCAAAGGUUCGCUUGGCAGCGGAAAUAAAUGACUUGAAAAAGAACAGACAUCCCAUGGGUUAUAUGCCCACCAGCAGAGAGUUGUUGGAAAGCUCAGCAGAAAACGAAAUCACGCCAAUGCUUAGGCAGCUGGGCAUAAGCAGUAGUUGCGAUGAUGAUGUGAGCAGUUCGAACACCAGAAGGCAAUUGGUAGCCGACGAAGAUAUUCACAUCGAUCAUGGGGUACCGGUAAUCCUCAAAUCCGAACUGUUUAAUAUACCAAGAUUUCGUAAAAUGAAUGAUGAAGCCUUGGAAAAAGAUGAUACAUUCGAUCCGGAUUUGCCGAUAGAAGAACAGUUCAGUACAAUACCAGAAUUAGCGGUUAAACAACCUGACAGCGUUCAACCGCAACGCAUAACAAAACCAGAAAAGGCCAACGUAACGGUUUCUUCGAAUGAUUCUGGUGUAGCAUCAUGCAGUAGAGGAAGCAUGGAUGAAUCUAUAAAAUCUAAACCUAAAACAAAGAAAAAGAAAUGGCGGAAAAUGACUGGCGAUGAGCUAGUGCCUACCGACCCGGAGAAAGGCCGUUAUGAGGAAGUUUAUUCCGUGGGAGUGCAUGAAUCAACUCCUGGUAGCGCUUAUUGUCAAAGACAAUUAUAUGGUGCCGAUGGCGUUAAAGGAUGGUCCACAAAUUUUUACUGAUGCGUUUUUUAAUUGUGUUAUUCUUCAACGCUUAUACAAAAUUUUCCUAUUAUCCUUUUUAUAUUGGGAAACAGAAUUUAUGAAU